CCCAGCGGACAUAGCGGCGCGCGGACCUGCCGCAAACGCCCAGUUGCCACUCAGUCCACCACUGGCACCCGACCCAAGCGGCGGCACACAGCGGCGGUCUGACGCUGCCAACCCCGACUUCAGUGGCAUCCACACACCUGCCCACCAGACUCACCUGUGCCCACCUUGCGGACAUACCUCACUCACGGGAUAAUCGUAAUGGUGAUCUAGCGAAAUAAUGCAACGGAAUCUACCCUGUCGCUAAAGAAUAUUUGUUUUUAAGGAGAGGGGGAAGAAAAGAGAGAGAGAGAUUUCUCCCCCCUGCGAUCCGACUUUUGAGUUUUGUGUCAAGUGAAGAAAGAUCAUUUGGAAAGAUUAGAGUUUGCUCUUGUGGAGAGCUAAGGUGUGUGGUGGUGGAGUGGAGGGAGACGUAGUGAGGGGGCAUGUUACUCAGGAGGGAAGGGACUAGCCAGCCACCUCCUGCAUGAAACUCCGUACUCCUGACUCGGAUAAGAUGGAAGUGUUGUACCCGGGCAAUCUAGCUCUCCUGAGCAUGUUCCUCAAGAAUCCAGAGACCGACAAAGGCGAAAUCAAGAAGGACGAGGCAAAGAAAGGUGACGGCCCUGGGGAGUGUGCCGACGUGCUGACGUGCGGAGUGUGCCAGAAGGACUUCCUGCUGGCGGACAUCCUGCGCUUCAUACAGCACAAGGUCCAAAACUGCCAGGCCCCCACCGGGCGCUGUGGCCGCAAAGCCUCCUCGGGUGACCAGGACGCCACGGCCCUUCCCCACGGCAGAGACCACAAUGGCGACUUGAGCUCCGAUGGUCCUUCCAACCCAGCCAGUCCUGCCACCAUCAAGGAGGAAGGGGACGACUACAAGGCCGACGACAAGCGCAAGAGGGACGACGAGGACGACGCCCCGGCUAGGAAAAAGCCCCGGAGCACCCAGGAUGCAGAAGCCAACACGACAGAUUCCGGUGAGUAAGCUGAUGAGUCGUACGCAUCUUAUAAGGUUGAUAAAACCACCUUUUUGUGAUUUCUAAUGUUGGCACGGCUCGUCUCUUCAGACUUUUGCUAGCUCUCGACGCUAACAACUCCAAAAUGUCAAACUCGG